UGGGACCAUCAUGUCCACUAUUCAGUUCUGGCAAUACAUUGUAGAUUCCCUGCCCUAAUUCGAGCAGCAAAUUUCGUUAAUUCCAUUGUUCAAUUAAUGUCAAUUUCAAGCUAAAGUUGUCCCAAUAAGAAAAUACACCUCGGAAAUUGCCCCCACCACCGAACAUUUAUGAACAGCGCAUGCGCACAGAAAAGUGGGAGAACAUUUAACACAUAAAACAUCCAGAGUGGGAGUAAAAACCGACGACACCCGAAGUGCAUUCUCUUGUUGGGAUGACAAUAGGGUAGAUAGCCUAAAAAAUUGUUUGGUUAAUUGUCCGGUAAUUUACCCGCAGUAUACUGGUAAAGUUGGUAAAUUAUAAAUUAUACUGGGAAAAUCGUAUGCCACGUGGCAAACAGCAAGGUUACGACAAUAUUCAUUUCUUCAUUCGAGUUAUUCUUGGUAAGCAACAGCAGAAGAAGCGUGGCCGAAGCGAGUAAACCACCAUAUUGUAUUACUUUUUACUGUAACCUUAAAGUUAUAUUAAUUAAAAUUGUGUCUAGUUAAAAUGCUUAUCAGAAAUAUACAACCUAACGUUCACAAAACAGUUGAUACAUGGGUAAUAAACAACAUAAAUCAACUGAUUGAUAGCGUACGCCCUCCGGAGUAUACGAAUUCUGUCACUGUGGAUCAUGAAUUCUCAUCAGAAGUUAGAGGUCAAGUCAGCACGUGGAAGGUCCAGCUGAGUCUAAACUCUAAAUCUCUAUCCGGAAUGGCAUUAUUAUUCACGCCUAUAAACGGAGUGCAUAAUGUCACCUGUAACUUUUACUUGGUUGACAUCGGCAAAAAUCAUCUUUUCGUUGAACGAAGUAACCAUAGAGUCAAUAUUCAAGGAGAUAACUAUCGCUCGCAUUUUUGUCUCAAUUCAUUGAGAACAAGAGAAGAAUUGUUUCCAAAUGAUACCAUGACACUGCGCAUAGAACUCUUAACUUACUUGGAUGAUAAUCCUACAUUUCCUUUUCUGAACUUGAUUUCAACUAACGUUCUAAAUGUCGAUUUACCAAGUGAUUUCUUGAAGUUAUAUAACAGUCGGCAAGAUAGCGGUGAUGUUAUUAUGCAGGUGCAGAAUAUUGAAUUUCCAAUGCAUAGAUGUGUUUUAGAAGCAAGAUGUCCUGCAUUAUACGAUGUUGCUCGUUAUCAACAAACACCUGGCAGCAGUAACAGUAAUGUAUUAACUGUUGAGGAUAUAGAUCCAGAGAUAUUUAAAAGAGUUGUAGAAUACAUCUAUACUGACAAGGUCAAUGAUCUAGAUGAUCAUUCAGAGUAUUUGCUAAAAGCUGCUGAUAAAUAUAAAUUAAAGAACCUGAAAACAAUGUGCGAAAUGUCGCUCAUCAGAAACUACCUCACUUUCGAAAGUUCUUCUGAGCUGUUAGAUUUAGCUAUUCGUUGUCACACUGAUGGAUUAAAAUUCGCCGCCGGGACUGUUUCGGAAACUAAACGGUCUGUUUAUGUCAGAAGUGAUACUCUACCUUAUUAUAACUUCGAAUUCAAUCAUUCAUGGGCCGGAAGUUUCGAUGCCAGAACUUAAGAUGUACAUUCGUAACGAUAACAUUUUUAGUCAUGAAAAUUUCUAUUAUUAUAAGUUCAAGACUAAUUAAUUAGUUCACUAUUUUUUUCAAUAAAUUUUUUCAUUAAAUUUAAGUUCUCUAAAUUACAUUCUUUGAUGAAAACUCGGAUUUACUUUCCAUUAACUUACGAUCUGAGUUUCAAAUGAAUAUAUUUAGGUAUUUAUUUGAGUCCUUCCUCAACGGAUCAUGUGAAUAUUGUAAUUUUUCAACUGUAAGUUAAAAUAAUAAAUUAAA